AUGUCUCAACCAUUCUCACCAUCAACGGUAGACAAAGGCUUCAUCCUUUCGCCUGCAGCACUCAAGAACCCAUCAACCUCUGAUCAGGUACUUCAGCGUAUUUUGCAAUGGCAUGUCCCCGAGGACCUACUCGCAAAGUUUGCGCCUGAUCUGAACAGAUUUGGCCGUGAGGCAAUUUCUGAAGAGAUCAAUAGCUUGAUUGGCAAUGCAGAGACGCAAGAGCCAUAUAUCAAAACUCGAAAUGUCUGGGGUGCACGGUACAAUGCGGACCGGUUGGUAACUAGUACCGGCUGGAAAGAGCUGGGAAAAUGGGGAGUCAAAAAUGGGUCCAAAUUUCUCGGUGAGGUUGAGCUAAUGGUUUAUGAAUUCAAUAGUGUUGUAGGACUUGGAUAUGAGGAAGAAUAUGGAUCGCAUCGUCGAAUUGUCCAGCACGCAUUAAAACUGAUCGCUCGUGAAAACAACUGGAUCUCAGCUCAGUGGAUGACAGAAAGACCAGGAGGCAGUGAUGUACGCAAUAGUGAAACUUUCGCUGUAUAUUCACCCCUUACAACAAAGACCGGCCGAUUUGGGACUAUUGAAGAAGGAGACUAUCUGCUUUCCGGUUUCAAGUUCUUUUGCAGUGCCACGGACUGUAAUAUUGUCUUGCUUCUAGCCAAAACAGAAUCCGGUGAGCUGUCUCUGUUCGUCGCACCGACAGUAAAGACUGUGAAGAAUUCGGAGGGACAGCCGAGGGAAAUCUCCAACGGCAUUCGCAUUCAUCGACUGAAAAAUAAGAUGGGAACAAAGGAGUUGCCUACCGCGGAGGUCGAAUUACAGAGUGUUCGUGCGCACUUGAUAGGUCCAAAGGAUCGUGGGAUUGCAACAAUUGCUCUAUUGUUGAAUACCACGCGCACGCAUAACUUUAUCACGGCUUUAUCGUGUCUCAGACGUGCACUGGAUAUUGCGAAGUCGUUUGCUCGGACACGAACGACGAUUGACCAGGAGUUAUGGUCGUUUCCGAUGCACCUUAAUGUUUUGUCUCAGCUGGAGGUUAAACAUCGAGGAUGGAUGCAACUUGCUUUCUUUACUUCGUCGCUGCUCAGCUAUGUUGACAAUGGGUUUCCAAAGGAGGCACCAGGUGUAUUCUCGGUUCUGGCGCGAUCCCCCAAGAUUGCGAACAUUGUAUUGCGAGCCUUCACAUCUACUUCCAAGGCGGUGAUCUGUAAAUCUGCCACAUUAGCCUUUCAAGAGUGUCAGGAAGCUAUGGGUGGAGUGGGGUACAUUGAUGAACCGGAAGAGCCCGAAUUCAAUGUGAGUAGACUAUGGCGUGAUACAGCCAGUAACAGUGUAUGGGAAGGCACUACCAACGUCUUGGCUAGCGAAACAGUGCGACAUCUUACCAAUGGACGAAAUCUCAACCUGUUCGACUCAUGGAUGUCGGAUGCAAUGAGUCAAGUCGCGGCGAACGAGCUCAAAGCAAAAUUAUCAAAUGUUUGGGCUGAGCUGAAGAUCAGAAUUGCGGCUGGUCAGACCACUGAUGGUCUGGUGAAUGUCCUCAGUGUCGGGCGUCAAGUGAUGUUCACUCUAGCAUGGUUGGUAUGCGGUACUUUGCUCGCCUUGGAUGCCCAACGUGACAAUGAUGGAGUUGCCCUCGAGGUGGCUCGCCGGUGGAUUUUGGAGGGGCAAGGGGUUCCCGGGGAGUUCGCAUUCCCAGACCUAAUUUAUCAACAGCUGGCAUCAUACCAGAGCCAAAGGCCCACGGGCAAAGAGCGCACAGUGUGGGAUUCACGUAUUGUUUGGGGCGUUGAGCUUCCGGCAACUGCAUCUUUGGGAUAUCGGCCAUCUAAGAUUUAG